AUGGUGGAGGGUCAUGCUUACGGAUAUAUCACAGCGCGACAAGGAUGUCAGGUUGUGGUGCCUUACCGGGAGGAGAUGGCAAAGCGCCAUCUCAAGGUCACAGGUGAUCUCGGCAGAGUCGUCUUCAUUGAAUACGAUUUACGAAACACCCAGUCGAUCGAAGAGGCCGUUCGCCAUUCUGAUGUUGUCUACAACCUGGUUGGCCGAAACUAUCCCACCAAGAACUUCUCCCUCGAGGAUGUCCACGUUGAGGGUACUGAGCGGAUUGCCGAAGCCGUGGCUAAGUACGACGUGGAUCGCUUCAUUCAUGUCUCUUCUUACAAUGCUGAUCCUACAUCCACCUCCGAUUUCUUUGCUACGAAGGGUCGGGGUGAGCAAAUUGUGAGGAGUAUCUAUCCCGAGACUACCAUUGUGCGACCGGCGCCGAUGUUUGGUUUCGAGGAUAAUCUCCUCAUUAGGUUGGCUGGUGUUUACAACCUCUUCACCUCCAACAACAUGGAGGAGAGAUAUUGGCCAGUCCACGUUAUCGAUGUUGGUCAAGCCCUGGAACUGAUGCUGUACGACGACAAUACGGCAUCUCAGACAUACGAACUCUAUGGUCCCAAGAACUACUCAACAGCGGAGAUUGCUGAGCUUGUAGAUCGUGAGAUCUUCAAGAAGCGCAGGCACAUCAACGUUCCGAAGUCUGUUCUCAAGCCAGCUGCAACUCUUCUCAACAAGUUGUUGUGGUGGCCCGUCCUGUCGGGCGAAGACGUCGAGAGGGAGUUCCACGACCAGAUUAUUGACGAAACCGCCAAGACUUUCAAGGAUCUCGGUAUUGAGCCUGGCGACAUCAGCAAAUUCACAUACCACUACCUGCAAGGAUACCGAAGCUCAGCAUACUACGAUCUGCCGCCAGCAACAGAGAAGGAGAAGAGGGAGGAGAGGCAAUACAUCCACGUCACCUUGUCAUCCCAUGCGCUUGACGCUUUGAAAGACUUUUACGCAGACCGAGAUGCACGAGCCAAGCAGUUUGAGGAGCUGAAAGCUGUAUCGGAGGAGGAGGCUUCAGGCAGGGCUCAGCAGCCGCUGUCCAUGGAAGCGUUCACGGAAGACUGGAAUGAAUCUCAAUUUUGGUACUCAGAAGAAACGGCCAAUCUUCUUGCGCGGGAGCUGCUCGAUGGUGCAACCGAAGAGACGACCAUCGCCGUCGUUUCUGCACCGAGUGUUUUCGUUGCGCUGAAAAACAUUCUUGCAUCAGCAGGACCAGAUCAACCGAAGCCUAAGUUGACUCUACUCGAGCAUGACAACAGGUUCGCCGUGUUCCCAGAGUUCGUCUUCUAUGACUUCAUGCAGCCCGUAAAGCUUCCAGCAAGUUUGAAGGGCUCAAUAGAUCGCAUCAUCUGUGAUCCUCCAUUUCUAAGUGAGGACUGCCAAACGAAAGCUGCACUGACGGUCCGUUGGAUGUCGAAACCAGCCAGUGAAGUGCCAGUCGGCCAAAGAAUAAUUGUGUGCACGGGCGAGCGCAUGGAGACACUCAUCACAAAGCUAUACAAGCCGUUCGGAGUGAAGACGACAAGCUACGAACCGGUGCAUGCUAGGGGCCUGAGCAACGAGUUCUACUGCUACGCCAGCUUCGAGUGCGAUCAGUGGAAAUGGAGAGCAGGUCAACAGUAA